AUGGAGCUGACUCGCGCAUGGCUGCUCCAGAACGUGCAGCCAUAUGCCAGCAAGGAACGGGUGUAUGCAGAUGUCGACGCUGUGCUCCUGAGAUACCCGACUUUGAGGCCUAAAUCCGAUGUAUACACCUUCGACGACGGUCGCAGCCAGUUGCUGCUCUGUGUCCAUGGCCUCCUGCCGAUCACUUAUCGCCACGCGUCCUACAACAUUCCCCUCAAUGUCUGGCUAACAAGGGACUAUCCCCGUCACCCUCCCUUGGUCUAUGUAGUUCCCACCGCCGACAUGCUCGUCAGGCCUUCCAAGGCUCUCGAGGUCAGUGGCCGUUGCAACCACGAAUAUCUGCAGCACUGGCAGCGCAAGGACGAGGGUUGUAGUCUACUUGGGUUGUUACAAGAUCUACAAGACAACUUCUCGCGUGAGCCUCCGGUCUAUGCGAAACCCAGACAACAGGCGCCAGCUGUGAACGUGCAGGCAGCGAGUCAGUCAGGUGGACCUCCGCCAGUUCCUGCGCGUCCGCCUCUCCCACAAGGGUCAUAUCAGUCAGCCCCAUUAUCUCCUCCAAGGCCGCCUCCUCCACCUAUCCACCAGCACGCGGACCCUUCCCAGAUCCGUCGAUUCUCACCCCACGGAGCCUUCACUCCUCCUCCCGCCCCACCACCACCACCGCCGCCACCACCACCACCACCCUUACCGCCUCAAUUAUCCGACACCGUCCGUCCUCCUUUUGCUGAAACAAAUCCCAUCGGUCGUUCAGGAUCGGCUUCAGCAGACGGCAAUAACAAUUCAUACCCUCUCUAUCGUCCUCCCAUUGCAAAUAUCCGCCAGCCUGAUCUGCAAGGACAUAGCGUUUCACCGACAACCAAUCAUACGGCACAGCCCGUUUUAGCACCGCCACCCGUGCCCCCUGCGCCCCUUAUCGCCAAUGCAGUGCAACAACUCGCUCAGCCAAUCCGGUCCACUCCCAUCCCGGACCUCCUCGAUGACGACACGGAAUCAACACCUUCCACAGAGUGGAUCCAGGCUCCCUUAUCAUCGGCCAACCAGCCACCUCCCCGACCUCCAAAUCCCGAGCUCCUCGAACUUCACCGUCAGGCACUCGCACUUGACGCCGAGAGACUACGAGCUCAUCAGAAUGACCUGUUGGCGGGUGAGCCGGCCAUUCGCGACGAAAUGGCUCGUCUGGAAGCCGUCCGCGACGUAUGUCGUGGGGUCGCUGAGAGAACAAGGCAGGCCGUGCAGAGCACAGAGUCCAAUAUUACCGAGUUGCGACGGAAAGGUGAUCCGGAAGUCGAUGAACUUGUAUGUGCAACUUCUAUCGUCCAUAACCAGCUCAUCAACCUAGUCGCUGAAGACAAUGCCAUUGAAGAUACCAUAUAUCACCUACAUCGGGCACUCAAUUGCGGCAGGAUUGACCUCGAACGGUUCCUCCGUUCCACUAGGGUUCUUGCGGAGGAACAAUUCACAAAGCGGGCGCUGAUUAACAAGAUCUUGGGCGUUGAUGGUCCCAAACGAAUUGAUUGA